GCCCGCGCCCGCGCCCGCGCCCGGCCCGCGCGGCCCCAUGCCUCUGGCGCGGCCCUCGGGGGGCGAAGGUGAAGACCGGCUCCUAGGAUGAGUGAAGGCGCGGCCGCUGCCUCGCCACCUGGUGCCGCUUCGGCAGCCGCCGCCUCAGCUGAGGAGAGCACCGCGGCGGCGGCGGCGGCGGCGGCGGCGGGCGGGGGCCCGGACGGCGGCGGCGGCGAAGGGGCGGCCGAGCCCCCCCGGGAGUUACGCUGUAGCGACUGCAUCGUGUGGAACCGGCAGCAGACGUGGCUGUGCGUUGUGCCUCUGUUCAUCGGCUUCAUCGGCCUGGGGCUCAGCCUCAUGCUCCUCAAAUGGAUCGUGGUGGGCUCCGUCCAGGAGUACGUGCCCACAGACCUGGUGGACUCCAAGGGGAUGGGCCAGGACCCCUUCUUCCUCUCCAAGCCCAGCUCCUUCCCCAAGGCCAUGGAGACCACCACCACCACCACUUCCACCGCGUCCCCCGCCACCCCCUCCGCCGGCGGCGCCACCUCUUCCAGGACGCCCAACCGGAUCAGCACCCGCUUGACCACCAUCACGCGGGCGCCCACUCGCUUCCCGGGCCACCGGGUGCCCAUCCGGGCCAGCCCUCGCUCCACCACGGCACGGGGCACCGCGGCGCCCCCGACGGCCCUGUCCAGCACGGCCCCUUUCUUCAGUAGCAGCGCGCCGGGCUCUGGACCCCCGGUGCCGGGAGCCCCGAGCACCCAGGCCAUGCCCUCCUGGCCCACUGCGGCAUACGCUACCUCCUCCUACCUUCACGAUUCUACUCCCGCCUGGACUCUGUCUCCCUUCCAGGAUGCUGUCUCCUCCUCCUCCUUGUCCACCACCACCGCGGCCGCCGCCACCACCACCACCACCACACCAGAAACCAGCACCAGCCCCAAAUUCCAUACGACGACAUACUCCACUGAGCGGUCGGAGCACUUCAAGCCCUGCCGAGACAAGGACCUUGCAUACUGUCUCAAUGAUGGCGAGUGCUUUGUGAUCGAAACCCUGACCGGAUCCCAUAAACACUGUCGGUGCAAAGAAGGCUACCAGGGAGUCCGUUGCGAUCAAUUUCUGCCGAAAACUGACUCCAUCUUAUCGGAUCCAACAGACCACUUGGGGAUUGAAUUCAUGGAGAGUGAAGAAGUUUAUCAAAGGCAGGUGCUGUCAAUUUCAUGUAUCAUCUUUGGAAUUGUCAUCGUGGGCAUGUUCUGUGCAGCAUUCUACUUCAAAAGCAAGAAACAAGCUAAACAAAUCCAAGAGCAGCUGAAAGAGCCACAAAAUGGUAAAAAUUACAGUCUCAAAGCAUCCAGCACGAUGUCAAAGUCAGAGAGCUUGAUGAAGAACCACGUGCAGCUGCAAAACUAUUCAAAGGCAGAAAGGCAUCCCGUGACUGCGUUGGAGAAAAUGAUGGAGUCAAGUUUUGCCGGCCCCCAGUCCUUCCCUGACAUCCCUUCUCCUGACAGAGGAAGCCAAUCUAUCAAACACCACAGAAGGAGUCUCUCCUCAUGCUGCAGUCCAGGGCCAAGGAGUGGGAUGCUCCACAGGAAUGCCUUCAGAAGGACCCCGCCCUCACCCCGCAGGAGACUGGGUGGGAUGAUGGGACCAGCGUAUCAGCAGCUUGAGGAAUCAAGGAUCCCAGACCAGGAUACGAUCUCUUGCCAAGGGAUAGAGGUCAGGAAGACUAUAUCCCACCUGCCUUUACAGCUGUGGUGUGUUGAAAGACCCCUGGACUUAAAGUAUUCAUCCAAUGGUUUAAAAACCCAACAAAAUGCAUCAAUAAAUAUGCAACUGCCUUCCAGAGAGACAAAUCCCUAUUUUAAUAGCUUGGAUCAAAAGGACCUGCUGGGAUAUUCAUCUACCAGGGCCAGUUCUGUGCCCAUCAUCCCUUCAGUGGGUCUAGAAGAAACCUGCAUGCAAAUGCCAGGGGUUUCUGAAGUCAAAAGCAUCAAAUGGUGCAAAAACUCCUACUCUGCUGACAUUGUCAACGUGAGUAUUCCAGUCAACGAUUGUCUUAUAGCAGAACAACAGGAAGUGAAAAUACUGCUAGAAACUGUCCAAGAGCAGAUCCGAAUUCUGACUGAUGCCAGACGGUCAGAAGACUACGAACUGGCCAGCGUAGAGACGGAGGACAGUGCGAGCGAAAACACAGCCUUUCUCCCCCUGAGUCCCACGGCCAAAUCAGAACGAGAGGCACAAUUUGUCUUAAGAAAUGAAAUACAAAGAGACUCUGCAUUGACCAAGUGACUUGAGAAUCUGUGCAUUCUAUGCUUUGCUCAACAGGAAAGAGAGGAAAUGAAAUACAAAUUAUUUAUAUGCAUUAAUUUAAGAGCAUCUACUUAGAAGAAACCAAAUAGUCUAUCGCCCUCAUAUCAUAGUGUUUUUUAACAAAAUAUUUUUUUAAAGGGAAAGAAAUGUUUCAGGAGGGAUAAAGCUUACACUAAAGCUUUUGGGUAGAAUUCUGAAUCCCAUUUCAGUUAGUCCCAACGUGGUCCUCUUUGGCUCUCAGAAGAUGUGGGCAAUUCAGACCCUCCGUCCCACAGUGCCAGUGUCCUCAUCAAAAAGCCCUGGCAGUUACCUAGUUUAAAGAGACGAGCUGAGUCCCGAGGGUGGACGUGCCAGUGAGCAGGUGGCCCUGGACAGCUGGCUCACCGGCCCCAGCCCCUGAAUUUCUAUUCAACCCAACAGCCUCAUCCCAGGUUCUGUCAUGUCGAGAAAUGUGGUGUUUUCUAUUUGAUUUUUGAAGAAUGGCACAAAGACUAAAAUGGAAAGGACAGGAGACAGAAGGAGUAAUUGGGGGGGGCAAAUCUUAGCUACUCUUGUGCGCCCUCUCCCUCUGAAACGUGGAAGCACAGAAUCUCAGGGGGAGAUAUGAAAUUAUUAUAGAAAAAGAGACAAAAAAAAUCCCAAUGUCGUGUCGAUAAAAUCAUGUUAAUAGAAAUGUUUUUUCUUUGAGAUUGUUUAGAGGCUCUGAAAGAGCGUUUCUUAGUGUGCGUGUGUGUGCCUGUGUGCACGUGUGCGUGAGCGCGUGUGCGUGAGCUUGCUCACUCGAGCACAUAUGCUAUAUGCACAUGUGUUCAUUGCGCGUAUGCGUGUGCAUGUGUGUGUUUAUUAAGCCUGCUCAAAUUUGUCUGAAACAUCAGGGAAUCUAAUAUUCCGGAAAAAAAAAAUUUCCCUUUUAGGUCUGUUCACUUUCAAUUUUUCCAUUAAGUACAUAGCUCAGUUAGUAAGUUCCUAAAUCUUGGUCAUUUGCAUGGUGGGGUCCUAUAAAACUCGUGACGGUGUCGAGACCAUUUUCUACCGUGAGUACUUGUGAGAGGAACAACUAUGGGCUCUUUAAAGAUAUCAAUAUCACAAGGCAAAUUAUGUUUACUUUGAAUCAUGCCUACUUAAAUUAUUUACACAAGCCAAUUAUCAAAUUGACCAUUACUAUUUCCUUUCUCAUCAUCCUUGUUGGCAUUUAUUUCAUAGCAAGUCUACUAUGUGUGGACCAACGCAUUGGCUUCUGUAGUUAACAUGCAAAGAAUAAAUUGCUGAAAUCACAAAGCCCAGACUACUCAGUUCACAAGAAACCCCCAAAAGACAGUAAAUUGUGUUGUGUGUUCAUUUGGAAUAAAGCAAUAUUUUUACCACUGCUAAGGUGAACUGAAACCUUUCCUGAAGACCUGUUUGUUUCAUUUUCCUUUACUUUCACGGGGCAUUCAAGGAAAUUAGUGUUCACAUUCCCAGUCUUUUUCCAAUUAUCGCUGGUGUUGAGUUGUUAUGUUUACACUGUUUUAAAUAAAAAGGCACAGUAUUUGAAAGUUUAUAAAAGAUUUCUUUUACUGCAGUUCGGGAAAACGCUGGUUAAAAUUUCUCUAUGAAAGACUCAUAUUCCAUCGAAUGGGAAUAUAAAUAUUUCUGAAUCAAGCAGUGGAUAUAUACAAUUCUUAUUUCAGGUUUUGUCAUUACUGUUGAAAAUACAUUUCAAAUUGCUCUUAGAGAACAUUCAUUAAUAAUAGACAUAAUGCCAUCCAGGGUAAAGAAAGAAUACUAUGUGUUUAUUAUAACUGCUUAGUAGAAAUUCAAGGUCUUAAAUAUUGAAAACUCUUUGGUGAAAAUGCAUUUUAUACUUACCCGAAAAUUGUGUGAUAUUUAUUAGUUGUCCCAUAAUAUUUCUAUUGUGUUGAAUAUAGAGGUAAUAUUGUCAGAAGGUUAAAAGUUUAUUAUAAAUGUUAAUGGCUUUAUCACUCAAGUUCUCAUUUUAAAAUAUUACAUAUUUGGGGAGAUUUCAGGCAGAGGACUUUAAUGAACAAGUAUAAAAAACCCCCUAAGUGGAGCAUCCAAUAUUUUGUGGUGUAGAAAUUUAUCAUAAUUAUCAAGUAACUGAAAGGCCCCAAAUCUGUUAAAGUCAACCUUGUUUCUCUUUACAAAAAUAUUACUUGUUACUGAUCUAAAGGAUCCAUUGAGAAUUCACCUAAUUAGGAGAGCAGAUACUCUGUGACUCUUAAUAUAUUAUUUAUUAUGAAAACAUUAUCACUGAAGCUUAAGUUUUGAUUCAGCCUCUUACUUUAAAAAAUGAAGCAGAACCAUGUUUUAUAUGAUUAUAACCCUCCUCUCUGUACAUUCUAAAGAGCAUGAAUUCCAGGCACAUCCAUGGGGGUAAAGCAUAGAUAUAUAGCUCCUUCCUUAAUAAGGAGUCAAGACACAAUUCUCCAUAAAGAACAACUAUUAAUGGUUGCUUUCAGUAGUAAUUUGUCUCCUUUUGGAGUAUGAUGCUUGCCUGUGAAAAGUGUCCAGGCUGCAAAUGCACAUCCUUGGACACCAGUUAACAAGUCUGAUGACGUCAAGACUUUCAAGGUGAAUCAGAGGUAGCCAACACCCGGAACCAUUGUGCUUUGUCCUUUGAGCGCUGGUGCCUACAGGGAAGUGUUCAUUUCUAUAAGACACCUUUGAUUUUGCUUCAUUUUCCUCAUCUUUAUUAUGUAAGCACCUACUUGGAGAUUUGUAAUUAAAUCCACUCCAUAGUCAUUAUUUACUGGAAAAUGAAUGUUACUCAUUUUUUUUACUUUAAAUAAUUUUUUGAUAUGUCUCUCUUUUUAUAAAAUGUAUGCUGUUCUAAUUUACUAGUGAGUACCAUGGAAUGCUGUUUUUUUAAUAUAUUAUCAAUCUUUCUGCUCAUAUGAAAUAGUAGAAAUGAUACUAGAAACACCAGACUUUUCUUCCCUAGCUCCCUAUGUCCAUUCAGUGCUCUAUGUUUUACAUUCCAGCUCAGUAUCUACUUGGCUAUGGAUUAAGGACUACAGACUUGUGAAUUUAUCGCAUCUAUGAUUUACAUUAUUUCUAAGCAGUACUAGCAAAGUCCUCUGGAGGAGGAAGCAUACUUCUUAUAGAACUCCACAAAAUAAUCUGCUUUGGUCAUCAUAUUGUAUCAGAUAUACCAAAAUGAGAAUAGAAGGACCAAGCAAACCUCAAGAAAAUGCCCACUGGCCUCUGAAUUGAAUGGCAACUACCAUCUGAGUGGGGGCCCUUGGUGACAAUGACUAAAGCUAUCAGUCACCAAGUCUGCAGCAGAAUCUGUGGACGUAUGCAGCCGUUGUUCACAACUCUCUCCUGUAGUAAGUAUGGUGCUAUAGGAAACCAUGACUCCCUAAGUGUGUGUAUUGGUGCAGGGAGAAAUGGUGGUCCCUUUGAUUCUACUCCCAACAACCAGAAAAUAGUGCCCUAGAUAAGUGCUCUAAAACAUUUCUCAAAAGAGUCUACAGUAUACCUAGGAACACAGCAGGAGGGGUGGGCUUUUUAUUUGAUCUUUUGCUAUCUGGGAAACAUUUUAUAUAUGAAAAGUGCUUUUUUAUUAUUAUUCAAUUGUACAGAGUGAAUACAGUGUUUCCAACGGAUAGCAUGCUUACACUGUGUUUGCACCCUAAUCUUUAGAAUUUCAGUCUUCAUCCUAGCAAGACCAGCAUCAGGUUUUGAGCUGUUCUUAGUUUCACAGGAAUUACAAUAUGCCCUGAUGAAGACUUUAGGGGCUCCAUCUCUUCUGUAUUCUUUCUUUCCUUUUUAAAGAAAUGAUGAGGGUAAAGAAAGAAAUAUAUUCCUUCAUAUCCACAUUGCUUUCUUUCAGCAAUCUGUUUCCUACUGUGACCACACACAACACACACACACA